AUGCGCAAGCCCCUGUGUGGGCGUAAGUGACAAGUGCGAGUCUCUUUGCUGUCGUGACUUGUUCUGCUUGAGGCCCAAGCACUCCGUUUCGUCCCCCGCAUCUCAGCCCUUGGGCUCGUCCUUCCAAGUCGACCGACGUACCUACGUACCCUUGCUUGUGUCAGACUUCACCGCACGCACAACCACCUCGCCCCAGACUCCGCAACGCCUUAGCCACUCCCCCGCCGCGCCAACCACACGAGAGCCACGGUGAGCACCCGCAUCGCAUGGGAUGGCAGACCAGGAGCCGUCCUCAUGAAUGCGAUUGAUUACGGCACAGAGGCCCAAGACCACCGCUAUGAGGCAGCAGUGUCAUGGUUAAUGGAAUUCCAUGACGCCGUCCCCGCUGCCCCCGCCGACCUCGCGCUCCAUGUCAAGCCAGACCGAUGCGCCCGCUCUCGAGCACAACCAGCUGCUACCGCCCACUCGCGCCGGCAAAGAUGCUCGCUCGCUCAGCGCCACGAGCUUCGGCGCAGGAGCCCGAGGCAUUCCAUCGUCCGCGAUGGCCAUGCAACAACCCGGUAGCUUCAGCUCGGAGCUGAGGACAACCAUGACGAGGACCGACAACCCCAGGCCGAGCCUCACCGAACACACCAGUUUCGCCGGAGACGACAACCUGCGGACCGCGUCGGAACAGAGGCAGGCCGAGCUUCGGGAUAAGAUUGAGAAGGAGAUCAAGAUUAAGAUUGGUUCCGAGAACUUGUUGGAGGCGCUGAACUCGAAGAGCGCGAAGCAAGCAAAAGAACAAAAGUCGAGGGUCGAGGCGGAGCUGAGCAUCUCAAAUCGGAAGUUGGCGAACCUGAAGCUCGACCUUCAGAACGAAUUAAACCGUACUACGCGAGACCCCUUCGUACCGAACGAGGGCAGACUGUCCUCCCUUUUCCGCAAUGCACCUGCCAGAUCCGACUCUCGUCAAGCGCUCCCGGAGGAAGACGAGAACCUGGACCCGGAAACAGAGUCGCCUACAUACGUUCUCACAGAGAUACUUCAAGCUCUCGACGCCGAGAGCAUGCAGCCAGAUUACUAUAUCGAGCGCGCUAAUGCCUUGGUUGAGCUCUUCAAGCGGCAUCCCACCCUGAAAUACGAUCUGGCGUGGUCGACCUUUGGUUUGCGCAUGCAAACAAUGCUACUCAGCGAUAGCCGUGAAGUCGUCGCAGCCGGUUAUCGUGCCAUGCGGUAUGCGAUCACCGACCGGAGGUCCCUUCAAAUCAUUCGUAAUCUCCACACCGAUUACUUGGUCAUCCUCUCUUUGGUGAAAGAAAGCAAAGUCAGCGUAGAGCGGGAGCAAGCGUUGAAGUUCGUCCGAGCAUUCCUGGAAGUCAAGGACGGGGUCAAGGAGAUCUCGCGGGCCGUCAUUCGCAUGAUCGUCGCGGUAGCCGAGCACAAUGAUGAUCGGCUUCGAAGCAUCUCAAUUCUGACCCUCGGCGAGAUUCUGGUCAAGGACCCUCAAAGGCUUGUCGCUGCUGGUGGUGUGGGACCGCUUACUGACGCUCUCGGUGAGGGUUUCUAUCUCGCUGCGGAAAGCCUCAGUGCUUCUUUCCUCUAUCUUCUAGACCUUCCGGGCCGCAGGAAAUACCUCCGUUCCGGCCAGGAAUUACAAAUCCCCUUCGCCGCUUUCACAGACGCUUCGUCCGGGCAUGCAAAUGAGGAAAAACUAAAAGCCAACGCGAAGGUCAUAGCGACUUUGCUCAGGAGCUGGUCUGGUCUCCUUACACUUUGCAUGAACGAUUUUAUGGCCAUCAGGUCUCUCAUGUCUUCGCUUUACAUCCCACUUCCUUCCGUCAGAAACGUACUUCUGGAGCUGCUUUUUGACAUUCUUCGUAUCAAACCUCCUUCCUGGUCCUCAUCCUUUUUAGCGGGACGAAGAUUGACCACUUACGGCCGAGUCACGAACCUCAAGAAUGAGGAUACCAAUGCUUCAUCAGCAACCAAAUCUGAGGAGGAGGAGAGCAAACGAAAUCUCGUCGAACAUUACACCGCUAUCAUCCUAGCCGUGCUGAUCCACUCAGGCCUGGUGGAAGCCUUGUUGCACGCGGAAGAAGAGUCGCUCAAUCUCACUCUGAGGAGGAAAACAACUUUGCUUUUGGGCGAAGUUCUCAAGAUGGCCAACGAACUGCUUCCGCCUGUAUGGAGUGCCAGGUUACAGGUUCUUCCACAAUUGCUCAGAUCUGCGACAAAAUUUGGUGUUGACGAGCGUUUCAUCGCCACGGGGACGAUCUAUCAAGUUGACAGCGUUAACCGGACCUUGUAUCGCUCGGGUGUCAACACUCUUCACAGUGCCAAGUUUGGCACUCCAGAUCCGGAGGAGAUCUUGCAUCAGUCAGAGAAGAACAAGACGCAAUUCAGUGCCUCCAUAGACGAGGCCCAAUUCCGGAACUUGAUGACGGAUUCCCGAGUCCUCGAAACGCCAAAUUUUCAGAAGUGGAGAUGGGACAUAGUGCAGGGAGUCCUAGAUGGCCCUCUCUACAACCCUAAACGUCUUGAUGAGGCCCUGCGGGCUACCAAGUUCAUUCAUCGCUUGAUCAACUUCUUCCGUCCGUUCAAGCAUAGGUUCUCCAUGCUCAAGAAUACCAGGCCCAACCAACGCUACGUGAGGGCAGGUUGCUCGCUCAUGAGAGCUCUUCUUAACAAUCCAGACAGCACCCGAUACCUAAUGGACAGCAAGCCAAUCCGUCAAUUGGGCGAAUGUUUGUCUCAUUUUGAUCGAAUGAGUGGUCUCACCUCGGAAGAACCGAUAUUCUCCGCUGAUCGAAUGUCCGAAACACUCACUGGUGGAUAUUUUGCUAUGCUUGGUGAGUUGAGCAAGAAGGAAGAAGGUGUCAGGAUCUUUGAAAGAUGGAAGAUGAUCAACAUGUUUUAUCACAUUAUCGAGCUGCGAGAUCGCGACGACCUCAUGAAGACGCUACUUACCAACAUGGACUACACUCUGGACGGACAUUUGCGCAUCGUCUUGUCCAAAGCAAUGACGGCUGGCUCCAAAGAAAUGCGCAUCUUUGCCACCAGGCUGCUGCGGAAGUAUGCCACGAAGCCUCUAUCUUCGUCAGAGAACUCCCUUCUCGGCAAUGGCGUCGCAGAAUGGGCAAUUCGCCUUCUAGUGACUCAACUGUACGACCCAGAGAUUGAAGUCUGCGAAGUAGCCAUCAAGAUCCUGGAAGAAACGUGCAAUCAAAAGCGAUCGCUCGAGUUCGUCGUCAAAUGCGCACCAAGGUUGGAUCAUCUAGGAGAGAUUGGCGCGCCUCUGUUGCUUCGUUUCCUAUCCACGUCCGUUGGUUACCACUAUCUCGACGGCCUGGAUUACAUCACUCGCGAAAUGGAUGACUGGUUCCUCGGCCGCAAUGAUUCCUAUGUUGCGUUUGUUGAAGCCUCACUUGCCCGGGCUUUGGCGGACAUUCCGGAAAAACCACCAUCGCACCUGGCCUUCGAUGAGAUACCGGAGCAUCAUGAUUAUGGGCUAGUACCCCCGCACUUUUACAGAGAACUCGCACGUACCAAGGAAGGGUGUAGGUUGUUGGAGCAGAAAGGACAUUUCGAGGAAUUCGCCAUGACGAUACGAGACCACGGCAUGGAGGAUGAAGAUCUUGAAGUCAUCCUCAAAGUCAAAGGCUGCCUGUGGGCCGUAGGCAACGUCGGCUCCAUGGAUCUUGGCGCACCGUUCCUUGAGAGUACCGACGUUGUCAGGUCAAUAGUCGCUAUCGCAGAACAAUCUGAGGUCAUGUCUCUGCGGGGAACGGCUUUCUUCGUCCUGGGGUUGAUCUCGCGAAGCCUACAUGGUCAAGAAAUUCUAAUUGAGUGCGGCUGGGAUGCUACAGUAAACAUAAUGGGGGAAUCGUUGGGAUAUUGUAUCCCAUUGGACUUCCCGAAACUCUUUUCGAUCAAACCUUGGCCAGGUACACACAUUAAGGAUCUCAUAAGGCAUAACAAGAAGGGCAAAAUCACAGACAGCGACCCUGUUAAUGCCAAGAUCUUGAAGCUAGUUACUGAUUUAGGCAAUACCGUGCUGGCCAAGCGAGCAGCCAACGAUUUGCAUGGAAUCAAAGCUAAAAAGGCGGUGGGUUUUACCAAGCCGGCGCUCUUUCACAAGGUCAUGGCCAUCCUCGAGUCGCAUCACUUCCGCCUUCCUGUCUGUCGUUUCGUCAUCGAUCUCUUCGACAGAGACGUCCUACGCCAAAUCGUACUAGAAGACGAGGAAAGCUCCGAAGGGGAAGACACUGACGCACCGACUGGUGCGGACAUGAGUGUCCCUCGCAGGCCAAGUGCUGCUACAAUUAACUGAUGUGUGGGGUCAAUUGAGCGUUAAAAAUGACCAGUGCCUUAACCAUGGAAACAAAGCACGUCAGCUCGUCAUCGACUUUGAUUCGACUUCUAUCUAAUCAGACUUCAAUAUCUGAUAGGAAUGUACGAAUGCGGAAAUGCAACGAAGGUGCCCUGUGCGGAGCGGUCUCCGGGUGAACACCGGUGCUGGGCCACUGGGCCUACAUCAUGAGGCCAUUGAGCGGGUACGUCCGUUGCAUCGUACAUUUUCAGGUGCGCAUCCAACCGCUCGCACUUCAACAAGCGCAGUAUGCGUUCGACUGCGCACUGAGACAAACCAGCGAAGCUGCAAGAGGUUGGUUGGAACGGAACUUGUGCCUGCUAGCGCGUCGUACGAGGAUCGUGGCUGCAUAGUGAGUAGCCGAAGGGGGGGG